AUGGAACUGCCAUACUCCCUCCCAUCCGACCCGCCGACCACUCUUGAAACCGAGUGCACCAACAGCAAUCAUCCCAAUCAUCCCUACGAUGUUCCGCCAGACAAGCCUUACCAAGCUCGCCCUGCUAUCGGUCGCCGUAGCCGUGGGCAGCGCCAGCGCCCCGUGGACAGUCACAGGAUUCACAGAUACGUGUUGAAUGGCGCGCAAGCCACCGUGGCGUUCAGGAGGUGGCAGUGCACCAACGAGGCCAAUAGGGCAUUUUUGGGCCACUUAGCCCACAGAAGGAUUUUCACAGAGAUACAACAAGAACACAGAUUACACCAGGAUAUACGUUUUCACCCAUCUAAAUGCCCCCACGCUCUGUUUGACAAUACGACCACCGACUCUUACAAACAAAAGGGCUUGUUCUUAACGAAGAAGCACAUGCUAUGCAAACUCGAUAGCGGCCUGCCAUGCGAAUGGGCGUCAUUUGAUGCCGGCUUUAGGACGUCCAAGGCCUGGUUCUUCGCGACAGAGGGUGACGCCAAGGAUACCGACAAACACAAGAAGGGGGAGGUGGUAGAGGUCAAGGACGGGGAGGCUCAAUAUCUCGGUGGGGAAUAUGUCUGGUUCAUUGUAGUCAACGAGAAUAAGGAAUUGAAAAACUAG